CGACCCGGCUGUCGCCGGUCCCUUGCCCCGCCGGGAGCGGGGAGGCGGGGGGGAGGUUGCCGAGGAAACGGGAUGACGUGUCCGUGGGCUGGGCCUCGCCGUCUCUAUGGUAACGGGGGCGUUAAUGGCGGUGUGGAGUCAUGUUUAGUACGAAGUUGCUGCUGGUGGGUCCGAGCGAGAGUGGAAAAACUGUUCUGGCAAAUUUUCUUUCUGAUGCAACAGAAGCCAUUGGUGGUGACUACAACCCUACUCUGGGAGUCAGAAUACUGGAAUUCGAAUGUUUAAAUGUGAAUGCUGGUGGCAGAAAUGUUGGAUGUGAAGUGGAACUCUGGGACUGCUCUGGCGAUCAGAAGUUUGAGACAUGCUGGCCUGCUUUAAUGAAAGACUCCAACGGAGUUAUCAUUGUGUUUAAUGAUAUACCCAGCCACCUGAAAGAGAUUGAGAUGUUCUAUUCCUACUUUGUUCAGCAGCAAAGGUUACAUGACUCUCAAUGUCUUCUCAUUGCUCACCACAAACCAAGCUCAGCACCUGGUAGAAACCGGCCAAAUCUGGCCCAGCAACUAAGCAAGCUGCGUUUGAUCCAUUCAAACCUGGAGGAGGAUCCGGAACAAGUCCGCACAGCUUUCCGUCAGUACUUGGGAACGGUUGUUAGUUCUUUGUCAGAAAGCAGAGACAAAGAAGAGAUGUCAAUCAUCACUUAAUAACUGCUGAUGGAUUUUUAAAUAGCUCCGGAAUAGAGCAGCUUCAAUCAAAAAUCCAAAAUUGCAUUAAUUGGCAUAUUUCUAGCUCUCUUUUCUACAUUGUCACAUUUGCCCAGCGAAUGCAGGUGAACUGUUAGAUUUGUGUGCACUUUGAUGCUGUUGACUGUUGCUGUUCUAAAAGAGCGACAAAGUUGGUUCUGAAGAUUUUCCAUUAUGUCGAAGCACUAAAUUGGAGAUGCAAGGAAAAUGUUUAUAUUUUAUCUUUUAUCUGCUUUAACUUCAGAGGUCAAUAUUCUAGGUGGGGAGAUAGUAAACAGACUGGGAUUGAAUGUGACGGCAGCAGUAUUUAUUACUGAAUCAGUGCCCUCUUCCAAAUGUCUUCAAAUAAACAAUCUGUGUUUAGUUUUUGGAUUUGCAUUGUUUUUCAAUUGGCAUUUGCAGGCAAACCAAUGUUUUACCAAACUAAAUUUUUACUUGUCUGUGACACCACACGCUAUUAACAAACAGUCACUGGAGACAUAAGCUGAGCAUUUAAUAUGAAUCCAUUAGAAGCUGGUGGAAUGACGAACCAAAAGUCCAUGUGUAUUGGUAACCAAACCAACUACCAAAAUACAUUUUGCAAUUAUUAUUGAUUUCUUUCUCAAAAUGUCCACCUGUUGGAUAUUAGCUAGUGUAAAACUUCGCUGUGCAAAUCCUAAGAGCAUAAAAUUGUUCACAAGUAUGAAACAUAUUCCACAUCAUUGUCGUGUCUGAAACUUCUAAGUUAGCCCCAGGCCCGGCCCUGGCCCCAGGCCCAGCCCCAGCCCCAGCCCCAGAUGAUGUGUCCCAGUGCACACCCAGUUCAUUGAACCAAGUGGUGUCGGACCACGAUAAUGAAAGACAUGGGCCAGAUUCACCUGGCUUCACCACACGAGCCCAUCCGCCAUAGCACUUCAUACCUCACCACUCAAAACUCCACAGCCAUACCUCUCCCAGUCACACAUAUACAUCCACCAGCCCAACACUCAAACCCAAUCCUAACAUCCACGGGGGCAUACACCCCCACAAACCCAAGGCACAUCCCAAUUAUCCCUGGCCACACCCACACAAACCCUAGGCACACCCCGAUUAACCCUAUCCACACCCCCACUAACCCGAUUACCUUUGUCAGGAGGGGCAAGAUCCUAGAAAGGCAAGUGUUGGACCUGGUUAAUGAAGACGUGGGCCAGAUCAAAGUGGCAGGGUUGCGUGAAAUUGAAUCUCAAGUGAGGAGAUCAAAAAGCACAAGAGGGCUGAUUAGCCCACUGUCCGCAUACUCUCAACCUAACCCUAGCCCUGCAUUUCCCCUAACCCUCUCAUUAUCCUGGUUCAUGGGAAAACACAAGCCGAGCUUGAUCAACUCUGGCUGGGUCACCUCGGGGAGGGUGCCUAAUGAUUAAAGACCCGAAACACCUGAUGAUCCAAGGAUGCAUUACUGAUGAUGUGUCCCAGUGCACACCCGGUUCAUUGAACCAAGUGUUGUCAGACCACGAUCAUGAAAGGCAUGGGCCAGAUUAACCUGGCUUCACCACACGAGCCCAUCCGCCAUAGCACCUCAUACCUCACCACUCAAAACUCCACAGCCUUACCUCUCCCAGUCACACAUAUACAUCCACCAGCCCAACACUCAAACCUAAUCCUAACAUCCAAGGGGGCAUACACCCCAACAAACCCUCGGAACAUCCCAAUUAUCCUAUGGCCACACCUCCACAAACCCUAGGCACACCCCCACAAACCUGAUUACCUUUGUCAGGACGGGCAAGAUCCAAGAAAGGCAAGUGUUGGACCUGGUUAAUGAAGGCAUAGGCCAGAUCAAAGUGGCAGGGUUGCAUAAAAUUGAAUCUCAAGUGAGGAGAUCAAAAAGCACAAGAGAGCUGAUUUGCCCACCGCCCGCAUACUCGCAUCCUAACCCCAGCCCUGACCCUGACCGUAACCCUAAUUUCCAAUGGACCGCGCACCCCAACUAAACCGGACAGCACCCCAAAUAACCCAAACCACACCACACUAAAGGGUUUAUAUAACAGUCCUUUACCCUACCCCUAAACCUAACAUCUCCAACCCUGCUACACACCCCAUAAACCCAAGCCCUUGCCCCAUCAAGGGGCCAAAUUCGCCCAAUAUCACCUGCAGCUAGGCUCCUAUUUCAGCCCUCCCCUCUACUGCAGGGGACACCCCCACCCCCGCAAUGCCAAUUGCCACCCCACCUCAUCUCCCUUUGCCGUGAAUCCUCAACCCCCAUUACCUAACUCUACCCCCAGGCAUGUCCCUCCCCACAACACCCCUCAAUUAGCUACUGCACAACCCCCAGAUCACAGCACAUAGUCCCUAUAAAAAAGACCCCAAAUCCAAAACACUGUCCAUAGGCAAUAACUCCACUAUUGUAACUUAAACUCCAGAAUGGAGGUUGAAGAGGAGGAAGAUCCCAGUAAAGGAAAGUUGGGGACAGAGAUGAUGAUGACGUGGGUCAAAAACAAAGUGCCAGGGUAAAGUGAUACUGCAUCUCCAGUACGAGAUCCACAAACACAAGAGGGAUAUUUUGCCCACUGCCCGCAUACUCGCAUCCUAAUCCUAACCCUAACUCUAACCCUAACCCUAACCCUUUUCCUCACCCUAACCCUUUCCCUUUCCCCGGGAAGUACUGGACACAGCAAGUUAUUAUUAAUAAUGAGAGUAAAGCUUGACUAGACUGUACAAAAUAAAGUUGAGACCAGUAUUUAUUCACUAUACGCAGUAUAGUUUUGCUGGAUCUGCUUGAACUGUUAUUUAUCAAAUUCAGUCACUUAGUGGCUUCCCUUCCACUCUUGUACUGUUACUACUGGUGAUUUCUGUGAACCCUUUGAUUUCACUUUUUAAAAUUUCAAACAGUCUCCUAGGAAGCUCAUUCAAAAUUCAACUCUGCUCCAUUAUCCACUACACUGGUAGCUCUGUAAAGAUGCCAAAGUUGUAUGGAUGAGUCCCUUAUCCAUAGUUGACUUGAUCAUAAAGUUUUGCUAAUUAUAAACACCGUAGAUUCUGCAGAUCCUGGAAAUCCAGGGAAAAACACACAAAAUGCUGGAGAAACCUGUUGCAUGAAUGAAGUCACUAGAAAAAAUUGCUGGUAAAUACAAAGCAACUUCCUUUUUCAACAAAACAAGGUACGGCCGGCAUCAUAUGGAGAUGCUUUCAGUGGAAAGGUCUGCUGGCCCAACGUGGGGCUUGAUAUUUCAUGUGCCAA